AUGGAGUGUGAUUUAAGACAGGGUUUCUUUUGUGAAAAUUUACAACCUUGUUUUGUUGAGAAAGUUGGGGCUAUAACUUCAAUUUACUCUCAUUUCUUGGAAAUAAUUAAUAAUUUGGUUAUCGAUGAUCAAAAUGAUUUUCUUGUUGAUUUUUAUAGCAUAAAAAAUUGGCUUCCUGAUAAACGGGAUGUGGCAGAACAACAUUAUUUAUUUAUAUCAAAUAAUAUCCCUCAGAAAGAUCGUCGAGUAUUUGAGUUUAUAAUGAAUGAGGCAAUGAAUGAAGAAGCAAUGAAUGAAGAAGCAUGA